AUGGAGRAGCUUUAUAGCUACAAGUACAACUGGCUCUAUGCCAGCCACAUAGUUGAGAGGAGUGGAGCCACUGCAGUUGUUCAGGCAGCAUACUGCAAGCCAAGAAAGGAGAAGGUGGCCAUCAAACGCAUCAACCUGGAAAAGUGUCAAACUAGCAUGGAUGAGCUCCUGAAAGAGAUUCAGGCUAUGAGCCAGUGCCACCAUCCAAACAUUGUGUCUUAUUAUACCUCCUUUGUGGUGAAAGAUGAACUGUGGCUGGUGAUGAAGCUGCUCAGUGGUGGCUCCGUGUUGGACAUCAUCAAGCACAUCAUCUUUACCAUCAGAGACCUUAAGGCUGGAAACAUUCUUCUCGGAGACGACGGCUCAGUGCAGAUAGCUGACUUUGGUGUGAGUGCCUUUCUAGCCACAGGGGGAGACAUGACGAGGAAUAAGGUUCGAAAGACGUUUGUUGGGACGCCAUGCUGGAUGGCGCCAGAGGUCAUGGAGCAGGUCCGUGGCUACGACUUCAAAGCAGACAUCUGGAGCUUUGGGAUAACCGCCAUUGAACUGGCCACUGGGGCCGCGCCGUAUCACAAAUACCCACCAAUGAAGGUGUUGAUGCUGACUCUGCAGAACGACCCUCCUUGUCUGGAGACGGGUGUCGCGGACAAAGAAACGGUGAAGAAAUACGGCAAGUCUUCAAACCUUAAAUUAUUUGACUUUUUACCUCAGGAUCCUGCGGCCUCCAGYGUUCCCAUCAGCCUCGUCCUCAGGCUGAGGAACAACAAGAAGGAGCUCAACGACAUCCGUUUUGAGUUCAUGAGUGGCAGAGACUCUGCUGAUGGCGUCUCUCAGGAGCUGGUCUCAGCCGGUCUGGUUGAUGGGAGGGACUUGGUCAUCGUUGCUGCCAAUUUGCAAAAGAUUGUUGAUGAUCCUCAGAGUAACAAAAAUGUGACCUUUAAACUGGCGUCUGGUGUGGAGGAGUCCGAGAUUCCCGACGAUGUAAAGCUGAUCGGAUUUGCGCAGCUCAGCAUCAGUUAAGUGGAGCAGAGUUGGCGAAAUAAGACUGAAACGUAUGGUUUUGCACAGCUGCAUUGUAGUCAACUCCAAGGACCCACUACUGCCAAAGAGAGGAGACUGAGGAUGAGGAGGGAGUGGAGUGAGGUUGGCAGGAGUGUGACUCUACUGCAGGAUGCACGAGGACCACACCAAGGGGCUCAGCUCAUCACAGGAACCACACUUGAAAUGUUUACAGUGCGCUUAUAGAGUUUAACGGGAGAGAAAAAUGCAAUCAACUAUUAUCAGCUCCUAAUUCGUUUUCCUUUUAGUCCUCCUCCGCAUACACAAGCACAAUCCAAACCAUCUCCUGCCAGUACUGGAAACUGAUGGCCUUUUUUUUUCUUUUCUUUUCUUUUUUUUUUUUUUA